GCUGCGGCGCCGAAGUCCUUUUCAUUUACUUCAGCUAAACAACGUAGCAGUCCCACAACGACCGAGUAGAACAUGGGUACACCGAAAAAUCCGUUCUGCUGGCCCCCAAUGCGAAGAUCCAGCAUUCGCCAAUUGUUACUGUAGCAGUUCAACUCAAGCACACGGCGCAUGUAGUCGAAGAUGCCAUCCCCCGUGCACAUAACAGCUGCGUUGCUCUCCACCGAGUAUAAAUCUUUCAGCUCGGCGAGGCUAACCAGCGAGGCGUCUGUGAACGUACGAAUAGGUCUCACAUUCAUCACCUCGAAGUUGGCGCAGUUUCUGAUGGCGAACCGCUCAAGACGAGGACAGUUCGUAGCCACCGAUGCCCAGAACUUAUCGCCAAAACUAUCGAUCUUGAAAUGGCGAGCAGACGAGUCGGUGUAUUUCUGCAGAUCAAUCUCGACGGUGAGAUUUUUCAAUGAAGGGCAACUCUUAAAGAUGACAGCGAUCUCUUUCGCGCGUCGUCCAUAACAGUCCUGGAUCGCUUCGGCAGUGGCAGCACCACAUACCUGGAGGUAUUCUUUCCAAUUCCAGAGCAAAUUAGCAGUGACACCCAGAGUUUCCAAUUCUGGCUUCAGAUUUGCACCGAAGACGUGGAAAAACGGAUCUGCGAAGGGAACAGACGCCCAGUGGAACUCACGGAGACUCGAGCAGGUCUUGUUAAACUCCUCCCAAGUGUCCAACGACACCAUCCACUUGUCCUCGCAGCGAACGCCUUCAUAGUCAUGGAAAGAAUGUUCCGAGCCGUCCAAAUGUUCGACAUUCGGACAAUAUUUUGCCACGUUCUCGAGAAAUUCUUUGCUGGAUUGGUGACGCUCCGCAUCAUUUCUCGUUGGCACCGUCAGUUGCCUCAGUCCUCCACGAUACCCCUUCAAGUGUACUUGUUCCAAUACACGAUAGAGUUCCUUAAGUACCGCCUCAACCUUCUCUCCCUUGGCAGCUUCCUUCAACUCCGCCUUCCGUGGCAACACCAGACUCUCCAGGUGGGAGCAGUAUUUUCCUGCUGCCUUCAACAGUUCAGGCAGAUGUUUGCUCUGUAGUGGCACCAGCUUCAGAUCCAGGCGUCGAAGACCCGGCAUCUUGGCUAUAAGUACAUUCCAGUCCACUAGCAUCUCCUCCAU